AUGUUAAAGAGAAACCACAGCACAAUAGUGACAGAGUUUAUUCUUUUGGGACUGACAGGUGGGGCUGAGCUGCAGCCUGUCCUGUUUGUGGUAUUCUUACUCAUCUACCUGGUCACAGUAGUUGGCAACAUGUGCAUGAUUUUCCUAAUCAGGAGUGACUCAAAGCUUCACACUCCAAUGUACUUCUUCCUCAGUCACCUGUCCUUCGUAGAUCUCUGUUACGCCACCAACGUCACUCCUCAGAUGCUGGUUAAUUUCUUAUCCAAGAGAAAAACCAUUUCCUUUGUUGGUUGCUUUAUACAGUUUCACUUUUUUAUUUCCCUAGUAAUCACAGAUUAUUACAUGCUCACCGUGAUGGCUUAUGACCGCUACAUGGCCAUCUGCAAGCCCUUGUUAUAUGGCAGCAAAAUGUCUGCUUGUGCCUGUCUAUCUCUCGUUGCUGCUACAUAUAUUUAUGGCUUUGCAAAUGGCUUAGCCCAGACCAUCCUGAUGCUCCGCCUAUCCUUCUGUGGACCCAAUGAGAUCAACCACUUUUACUGUGCAGACCCGCCUCUUCUAGUCCUCGCCUGCUCAGACACCUAUGUUAAAGAAACCGCCAUGUUUGUGGUGGCUGGCUCCAACCUCACCUGUUCGCUCACCAUCAUCCUCAUCUCCUACAUUUUCAUCUUCACAGCCAUCCUGCGUAUUCGUUCUGCUGAGGGCAGGCGCAAGGCCUUCUCCACCUGUGGGUCCCAUCUGACGGCUGUCACUGUCUUUUAUGGGACACUGUUUUGCAUGUACCUGAGACCCCCUUCUGCGUCAUCUGUUGAACAGGGGAAAGUUGUUGCUGUGUUUUACAUCUUCGUGAGUCCCAUGCUGAACCCUUUGAUCUAUAGCCUGAGGAACAAGGAUGUUAAAAGAGCAAUAAGGAAAGUUAUCCAAAAGAAGCUGUUUCAGAAAUAG